UGCCUAACACAAAGGGAAAGUUGUGUAUGGGGAAAUAUAUGCUGACUACACUAUACCCAUGGGACUGGGAUAGGUAGCAAGGAGGUGACCCGAGGUAAUAGCCACAAGACAGCCUAGCCUAUAAAAGAAAUAUCAAAAUCAUCGAAUUAUUGGAAGAAAAGUUUGAAUCAAAUGAAGUUUGCUGUCUCUCUCCUGCUGUCACUCUGUGUAAGUGGGGCCCUGUACGCUGGUCCCUUCACUGCCACCAUCACCAACAAGCCAGUCUUCAAGCUGGGAGAGGAAGUCAUCGUAGAGGUGACCCUCACUAACAACAGAAAUACUGUUUCUUCAGAAACCAUAAUUAAGUUUACGGAGCAUUUCUGUAGUAUUUACACUAGUGAACAAACCACAAACAUGAUUGUUACAAAAAAAGAAAUACCAUAUAGCGCGAAAUUUUUGCUGUUUUCGUGGGUUAGCAAUCCUACACGAAAAUUGUUAGAAUUAUCAACUAUAACGUGCAAAAUUAAAGGCCGGUGUAAAUGGAGCUACAUGACAUAUAACCACAAGUACGAAGCCAAAUUUGGAGUCUAGUGUAGAUAAAAGCAAUAUUAAAAAUCAUCGAAUCAAAGAAGACAAACGAAGUUUGCUAGCUGUCUCUCUCCUGCUGUCACUCUGUGUGAGUGGCCCUGUCCGCUGGUUCCUUCACUGCCACCAUCACCAACAAGCCAGUUUUCAAGCUGGGAGAGGAAGUCAUCGUAGAGGUUACCCUCAAUACUGUUUCUUCAGAAACCAUAAUUAAGUUUACGGAGCAUUUCUGUAGUAUUUACACUAGUGAACAAACCACAAACAUGAUUGUUACAAAAAAAAGAAAUACCGUAUAGCGCGACAUUUUUGCUGUUUUCGUGGGUUAGCAAUCCUACACGAAAAUUGUUAGAAUUAUCAACUAUAACGUGCAAAAUUAAAGGCCGGUGUAAAUGGAGCUACAUGACACAUAACCACAAGUACGAAGCCAAAUUUGGAGUCUAGCGUAGAUAAAAGCAAUAUUAAAAAUCAUCGAAUCAAAGAAGAUAAACGAAGUUUGCUAGCUGUCUCUCUCCUGCUGUCACUCUGUGUGAGUGGCCCUGUCCGCUGGUUCCUUCACUGCCACCAUCACCAACAGGCCAGUCUUCAAGCUGGGAGAGGAAGUCAUCGUAGAGGUGACCCUCACUAACAACAGUACUACUGUUUCUUCAGAAACCAUAAUUAAGUUUACGGAGCAUUUCUGUAGUAUUUACACUAGUGAACAAACCACAAACAUGAUUGUUACAAAAAAAGAAAUGCCGUGUAGCGCGAAAUUUUUGCUGUUUUCGUGGGUUAGCAAUCCUACACGAAGAAUUAUCAACUAUAACGUGCGAAAAUUAAAGGCCGGUGUAUAUAAAUGGAGCUAUAUGACACAUAACCACUAGUACAUAAUUUGAAGCCAAAUUUGGAGUCUGGUGUAGAUAAAAGCAAUAUUACGAAUCAUUUGAAUCAAAGACAAAUGAAGUUUGCUGUCUCUCUCCUGCUGUCCCUCUGUGUGAGUGGGGCCCUGUCCGCUGGUCCCUUCACUGCCACUAUCACCAACAAGCCAGUCUUCAAGCUGGGAGAGGAAGUCAUCGUAGAGGUGACCCUCACCAACAACCAUCCAGUAGACUACUUUAUCCUCAAAAGAUUCACACCACUCGAGGGACUCAGGGCUAACAUCUUCACCGUGACAACAAACAAAGGCUCUGUACUACCAUACGAUGGACUAAUGUUCAGAAGGGGACCUACACAGAAAGAUGAAUAUAUUAAAAUCCGUGCAAAUUCUUUCAUCUCAUCAACUGCAACUCUAUCCAUUGCCUACGGUUUCUAUGAGGCUGGAACCUAUCUUGUCAAGCUGAGCACAACUCUUACAUUUGCUAGCUCUCUGGAUGUGGGCCCAGUAACACAGCUGCUUGCAUCCAACACCAAUCGUCUCAUGCUAACUGUCGGUGACAAGCAGCCAUAUCUAACAAUCGGGGAGACCCAUCGUAGGAAAGAUGUGCAACAGAAAAUAGUCGAUGAUUCAGUAUUUAAUACAAAGGAAAUGAAAAACCCAAAAUUUGGGGGUACUUGGACCGAUGUAAUGAAGAAAGAUGCUACAAACGUGUACACCAAGGCCUUCCAGGUAAUGCUGAAAGCCACCGAUUUGGCAGUGUUCAAUACAAAUAGAUAUACUACUUGGUUCGGUAAGAUUAAUUACUCGGGUGAUGUUAAAUCUGUGCUUCAGGAUUGUACAAACGAUAUGCAAGUGCAGUCUUUCACUCUUUACAAUGGCUUGAGUGUCCGAAGCGCAUGUGGUCGUUACGACUAUGCAUACACAUAUCAUGGAGCAAUCCGCAUUGUACUUUGUAGCGUCUACUAUACAUCAGAUUUUCAGGACAAAUAUGAGACAAUCGUACACGAAAUUACACAUGCAUCAGCCAGGACAGAAGACUAUGAAUAUGGUAGGACGAAUUGCAAGUAUUUGGCCAUCGAUGAUCCAGCAAGAGCUGUUAACAAUGCUGAUAACUAUGGAUACUUUACUGGCAAUCUGUGAACACAGUGAUAUAAAAAUCCCUCGAUUGUCAAUUAUAUUUAGUAGAUGUAGUGUGGGAGUCUACACAAACUGAAUUUAGCUAUUAAUUUAUAGAGUGUAUGCUGGGGUGUGCAGCGUAUUUUUUUUUUAUUAUUAUAAUAAUAGGAACAAGUACAUGUAAUAUAAUAAUGAAUAUGGCAAAA